CUGGUAUGGUAACACUGAUAUCAAAACAAACCAGAGCUGUGUUAUUGUUGUGUCAUUAUUACUGUCCAGUGUAACUUUUACCUGUGGAAGACGAAGCAGGGGACUCUGGUACCUGUGGCGGAAGGAGUUAGGUUAAAGAAUUAUAAUGAUAUACAUUCUUGAACCCUUCCCAGUUGACAUAACUAGUGUAAGAGCACUGCAUCUAAAGUGAGAAGACUACAGCUAGUGUAAGAAGACUACAGUUAGUAUAAGAAGACUACAGUUAGUGUAAGAAGACUACAGUUAGUGUAAGAAGACUACAGUUAGUGUAAGAAGACUACAGUUAGUGUAAGAAGACUCCAGUUAGUGUAAGAAGACUCCAGUUAGUGAAGACUACAAUUAGUGUAAGAAGACUGCAUUUAGCAUAAGAAGACAACAGUUAGUGUAAGAAGACUACAAUUAGUGUAAGAAGACUACAAUUAGUGUACGAAGACUACAAUUAGUGUAAGAAGACUACAAUUCAAACAUGUCUUUAGCAUCACAAAGUUCACCACUUCUCUCAAGAAUCUUAUCAUCAUCUGUUGCUGUUGCCAAUCAUGCUGGAAAGAUCAUCCGAGAGGUCAUGAAGAAGGGGGAACUAGGAAUUGUUGAAAAAGAGAAUGCACGUGAUCUACAAACAGAGGCCGACAGGGCUGCUCAGAGAUGUAUUGUCAGCUCCCUCAGCAGAUGUUUCCCAAAGAUCACCAUCAUUGGAGAAGAAGGGGAAGAAGAAUGCCAUGAUGCACACCAGCAAGUAUUUGACCCCACUGCAGAAAUUCCUGUGGAAAUUCAGUGUCCUCCUCACCUGGUCUCACUGGCAGAAGAAGAGAUUGUUGUAUGGGUAGAUCCAUUAGAUGGAACAGCUGAGUACACCCAAGCUUUCGAAUGCUGUAAGAGUGACCAUCAGGGGGUUUGUAAGACUCUUGGAGUGACGUGUGAAAGUCUUCUAGACCAUGUGACGGUCUUGAUAGGCAUUGCUACCGGUGGCAAGGCUGUCGGAGGUGUCAUCCACCAACCAUACUACAAUUAUCAGACUCCUGGGAGUGUGCUUGGUCGCACUGUCUGGGGAGUAGUGGGAGGAGAGGUUGGAGGGAUGUCAACAGUGUCUCCACCUGAUGGUUGCUUGAUCGUCACUACAACAAGGUCACACUCUUCCUCCACUGUUAAUGAUGCCAUUGAUGCCCUGUCCCCCAGUGAAGUAGUAAGAGUUGGUGGUGCAGGUCAUAAAGUGAUGCUCCUGCUAGAAGGAAAGGCUCAUGUGUAUGUGUUUGCAAGCCCUGGAUGUAAAAAAUGGGACACAUGUGCUCCUCAAGCUGUUUUAGAAGCUGCUGGAGGAACGUUGACAGAUAUCAAAGGUGUGCAGAUACCCUACCAUGCUUCGGCUCCCCACAGAAAUUCCACUGGAGUGCUUGCUUCAGCAGCAGGUCAGCAACAUGAGGUCUACCUGGCUAAGAUUCCACAACAUGUUAAGGAUAAUUUAAAGGCUUAAUCUCAAGACUAUGGUUAACCACUUCCUUGCUGUUCAGGUUCAGUACUUGCAUCAUACAUGGAGGAUUUACAUUACUUAAGAAUGACAUGUCUUUUUUUGUAUGGUUAACCCUUUCAUGGUCCACACCUCCAAAAUUAACAUUGCUCUCGGUGUCCACUUUUCUUCUUUUAAAAGUUUUUUCUUCUGAAAUGGUAGAGAAUUUUUUCUGAAGGUAAAGACAACAAAAGUACGAAAUUUGAUGGAAAACUUUUGGAAUUACUCUGGCAUAAAGAUAUCAGUCUUGGCAAAAUUUAUGCAUCAGAGGUUUUGCCAAUUGUUAGUUCUAUUUUUAGCCAUCCAUUACUCCAUUCUACUAAAUUCUUUUCUAUUUCAUUAGUAUGCCUCCACUCUUUCAACUAUUUCAACUACCCUAUAAGUACACAAAAGUCAGUAAUUUGGCCAAUUUUACACAAAACUAAAAAAAAUAUCAAUUUAAAAAUAGAGUUCAAAAUAAGCAAUGUAGACAUUCCAGGCAAUAAAACAGCAUUUCCUCUGUCCAUUAAUCACAUCCCCAGACUUUGUCUAUAUUGCACUAUGAUUGGCUGUGGUGGGGAAUGUAAUAUAUAUUACACUAUAUUACUAUGGCUUAAGGUGUCCCAAUGAUUGAAGCAUACCUAUUAAAAACUCAUUAAACAGCCCAGGGAUAUAAAGGGGCUUACCCAUCCCAAAGAAUUAUUGACAAAAAUUUAACAUUUCCACUACUUUGAACUCAAUUUCAGUCUACUUUUGGUCCUGAAACCAUUCAAAAUCAUCACUAGUAUGUCUUCCAUUCUGUCAAUUGAUACCAAGAAAUAGCCAAUAAAUCUAUAAAAGCCAUCCAAGAAAACACCUCAAAGUCACUAUUUUAAACCAUACAUGCAGUCAGAGUUUUAUUUAUCCCAUCAUGCAACACAUGGGGCAAGAUUCUUUUAUGCUGUGUGUGCUCACCACACAGACCUAUUCUCUCAUAUGUACACCAAAUUUUACCACUCACAGCUUAUGAGUGAGCUGAGCUCAUAACAUAGAACUACAUGAGGGACCCUGGCUUUAAUGAUACAGUUUUACAUGAUGGCCACUGGAAGGGUUAAUAUCACCGUUUUCUUUGUUUUUAUAAAAUUUGAUAGGGAAAGCUUCAUUCAGACAUAGGUACAAUGUUUUCAUAAAAAUAAUUAGAAACAGAAAGUUUGAUGUAGACAGAAAAAAUAUGUAGGUUGUAUGCUUUAAUUAUACAGAGCUUCACUUUUUUCUUCAGACACUGGAAAAAAUAUUCUUAUUCACCAAAUAGCAAGGUUGAUUAACUUAAAUUAUUUUUAUUAUAAUCAAAACUAACUGCUGAACCCACAAGGGUCAUCCAGCACUGUGCUUGACUUAACCCGUAAACGGUCCAAAUGUAUAUAUACGUUUUUUCAACAUUUAAAAGUAUGUAAAAAAAGUAGAUCUUCUUUUUGUUUUUUUACAUUUGAAAAUAUGUAAAAAAAACAUAGAUCUACUUUUGUAGCACUACACAUGUGAACGUAGAUCUGCUUGGACCGUUUACAGGUUAAAGGCUGAAGAAUUUUGAAGAAAUCUUUUGUUAAUGACUUAGUGACUGAAAAUCAAGAAGAGUUUGCUACAUCCAGGACUGUAUAAUAAGGAAGGUACUUGUCUUGAACCUUAUUAUUAUAUUUUAUCAUAUUCUUGGGAAGCACAAAACCCAUGGGGGAUUCAUACAAAGCCUGGUGAAUGGGAGGUAAUCACUGUGCACAAAAAAUGUACAAUAAUCAGAAAGUCAAUAGGAUGCACAACAUUCUGAGCAAAACUUAAGACUAGUAUAAGAACUAUAUAUAUUUUUUUUUUUAUUAUCACACUGGCCGAUUCCCACCAAGGCAGGGUGGCCCGAAAAAGAAAAACUUUCACCAUCAUUCACUCCAUCACUGUCUUGCCAGAAGGGUGCUUUACACUACAGUUUUUAAACUGCAACAUUAACACCCCUCCUUCAGAGUGCAGGCACUGUACUUCCCAUCUCCAGGACUCAAGUCCGGCCUGCCGGUUUCCCUGAAUCCCUUCAUAAAUGUUACUUUGCUCAGAACUAUAUACUUUGCAAAGAACUAUAUACUAGUUUUAAUUUUUUUUAUUUUUAUGGUCUGCUGCAAGGUAAUGACAGGCAUUCGUCAUAAACGUCCACUUGGAAAGCAAUGUCAGGUCCAUCCUUGACCAUUGUCAAAUGGUCCAGGUUGAACCAAAAAAGUCCUCUCCAAGUGGGUUGUAGGUGAAAUGUUCCACCCAUGAUAUCAUGACUUUUUAUUCUUUCUGUAUUAACAGGAAGUAAAAAAAAUAUAAAAGUUACAAAGUGAUUUAUAAAAUAAAAAUUGUAAGGAGGAUAAG